AAAAUGGUACCUUUACUGUGGAAGAUACAAACCGGAAGUGACCAUGUGGUAUAUACGCACUUGACACGGCGCUACUCAAUGAAACGGACCGCAGCGAGUGGAGUUGCUCCAGAGCUCCGUGCUUUUACGCAGCAGAAGUCCGCGCGGAUUCCCACUGGCGGCCGACAGCAGAAACUCUGCUCCCAAAGGGACCUUUGCGUCCUGCUCGUUUUGGAUUGUCAAAUAGUUCUGCGGAGCGUGCGCUCUUGUUUGGAUCUUUGAAUGGGAAUCUGAUUUUGCGCACUUUCGCUUGGCUCCUCGACUCCGAAUUGUGUUCGCGGAGCACACGGGGUUGACAAAAGACUUUUACGCGGAGUGGGUACGUGUAGCAGAGGGGUGCAGACACCACACAGCGGGGGGAGAGUGGAGUGUUUUCGUGGCAAAGGCAGCGGCGCUGGAGUUGUUUGACGAAUUCCGCAAUGAGGAAGACGCAUUUUAAAACCACCACCACAACCAGCACCGAGGUCAGGGCCAUGGCUCACCCGCGCCGCAGUUUGUAAGAAGGAAGAUCUGUGUGCACUGCAAGUGUCGCCGUGAGGAGCAUGCUGUGACAGCCAUGCCUGUAGAGAUGGAGAAGACGGUCACCAAGCUGAUGUACGACUUCCAGAGGAACUCCACCUCAGACGACGACUCAGGCUGCGCCCUGGAGGAGUACGCCUGGGUACCACCAGGACUCAAACCUGAACAGGUUCAUCAGUACUACAGCUCCCUGCCGGAGGACAAGGUGCCCUACGUGAACAGCCCAGGAGAGAAAUACCGCAUCAAACAGCUGCUCUAUCAGCUCCCGCCCCACGACAAUGAGGUACGCUAUUGUAACGGUCUGGACAACGAGGAGAAGCGAGAACUGAAGCUCUUCAGUAACCAACGGAAACGGGAGAACCUGGGCCGCGGCAACGUGCGCCCGUUCCCCGUGACGAUGACGGGGGCAAUCUGUGAACAGUGCGGAGGCCAGAUCAAUGGUGGCGACAUUGCCGUGUUUGCGUCACGGGCAGGUCACAGCGUGUGUUGGCAUCCAGCCUGCUUCGUGUGCAGUAUGUGCAACGAGCUCCUGGUGGACCUCAUCUACUUCCACCAGGACGGCAAGAUCUACUGCGGCCGGCACCACGCCGAGAGGCUGAAGCCGCGCUGCACCGCCUGCGAUGAGAUCAUCCUUGCGGAUGAGUGCACGGAGGCAGAGGGGCGUCACUGGCACAUGAAGCACUUCUGUUGUUUCGAGUGCGAGACGGUGCUGGGGGGUCAGCGCUACAUCAUGAAGGAGGGACGGCCCUACUGCUGCUCCUGCUUCGAGUCUCUCUACGCCGAGUACUGCGACUCCUGCGGGGAACAUAUUGGCAUUGACCAAGGCCAGAUGACCUACGAUGGGCAGCACUGGCACGCCACAGAGGGCUGCUUUUGCUGCGCCCGCUGUAAAUCCUCUCUGCUCGGUCGGCCCUUCCUGCCCAAGCAGGGGCAGAUCUUCUGCUCGCGCUCCUGCAGUCUGGGGGAGGAGCCCAAUGGCUCGGACUCCUCGGAUUCAGCCUUCCAGAGCGCUCGGUCCACCAAGGAGUCCAAGCGCAGCUCCAAGGCAGGGAAGAGUGGCGGCGGCGGCGGAGGAGGUGGGCUGCAGACUGAGAGGUUCUCUGGGGAGGUGGACCCACUGUCUUUACAGAUGGAUCUUCUGAGUCUCUCCAGCCAAACGCCCAGUUUGACGCGUGAGCCCCCUGCCUGGCAGCGCCAAGAGCGAGCAAGGGACGGCUAUAAUUAUGAGUCCCAAUCAGACCCAACUGCCCACGCCACCCCUCUUCAGCUCCUGAGCCAGUGCAAUGUCAGGACUGCCUAUAACCCCGCCUGCUCGGCCCAGACAAAUCAUCUGCAGGAUCACAGGAUCAAGGAGGAUGGGGGUUUGAAGAGGCCACCCGUCUCGGCCAUGAAGGGCCAGUCUUUGAAUGAGAUGUGGUUCCAGCAGCAAGCUCCGGAAGAGUACUAUCCCCCGAAACUGAGGACCCAAAAGAGCUUCACGGAGGUGUCCCAAUGUUCUCAGCACCGCAACGGGUUCUCUUCUGACAAGCGCUCAAUCAGUUUGCACGGCUUUCAGAGGGACAGGGAAAGAGAGCCGGGGCCUCCAGCGGCGACCCAGGUGGCAAGAAGCAGGAACCCCAUCAAUGCACUUAACUUCACAGAGCAACUGACCCCUCUGGAGCAGACUCCAAGAGGAUCCAUGGAGUCCCUGGCCCUGUCCAAUGCAACAGGUAACUCAGCAGAUGGAGCAGGGAAGCGGCAGGAGCACCUUUCUCGUUUCUCCAUGCCGGACCUGAGCAAAGACUCUGGAAUGAACGUGUCAGAGAAAAGCAACAUGGGCACCCUAAACUCCUCAGUUCAGUUUCAAAGCUCUGAGUCUAUUCACAGCCUCACUGCCAGUCAACCCUACAUGGAAAUUAAUCCUCCCAGGUCCUCCCAGUACCAGGUGCAGUACUGCGACCGCCCUGGUGUGGGCGCUGGAAUAGGUGUGACCAAGUUACCACCCGGCUUCACUUUUCAGGAGGAGGAUAGGGUGAGUUUGGUGAGCAGCGCCAACGCUGCCCGCCUACCCCCCAUCAGUGAGCGCAGGGUGGGUGGUGUCGUUAGCGGAGGAGGUGGAAGGGGAGCAAGCAUUCGGAUCGAUGCUCAAGAAAAUACUGCCCAGAGGCGCCGGCACCAUCACCACCACCGCUCCCGGAGGUCCCGGAGAUCCCGCUCGGAGAACGCUCUCAACUUGGUGGCAGAACGGAGGGCGAGACCUCAAGAAAGAGCGCAGUUCCGCGUGCGCGAGGAUUACGAUCGUUUCCCGCCACCAAGGAGCGUCAGGGACCAGUAUGGUGGGGGAGGAGGGGGAGGGGGAGGGGGGAGAUACCAGCCCCAACCCUUCAGGCAGUGCCCCAGAACCACUUCAGACCUGACUCUUCAGAACCCCGGGGCCAGCCACCGCACUGGGUUGAACCAGUACUCCUGGGACGAUUACGAUGACGAUGACUGGUGCUCAACUUGCUCUUCAUCCUCCGAGUCAGAGGAUGAAGGUUACUUCUUGGGUGAGCCGAUUCCCCGACCCGUCCAGCUGCGCUACCUCAGCAACCAGGAGCUCGUCCAUAAGUACAACGGGAUUGGAGGAGCCAACCACAGCGGGCAAUUGCACACCCGCAAACGCAGAAAGAGCAAGAACUGCAUUAUCUCCUAACAUCCUGUCCUCUGGUCGAGGAAAUGACUCUUUGUUCAGACUGUGAACUCUUAACAUCUCCCAUCUGGAACGAAAAAGUCAAUCCCACAGUCCAUUUAUUCAGCGUUGUUGAGUUAUUAAUAUCAAGUAAUGAAAGUCCGUGAUGAAUUACAGUUGGUUAACAGUGAAAAAGCAAAAGCGUUUGCAUGUUUGUUCUUUUUAAUGUUUCGGGAAUAUCUCUUGAGUGUUAAGGCUAACGGUUCCAUGCGCAGUUCUGUCAAGUCACAACAUUUAUCAGAAGCCAAUGUGCAAUUGUUUUUUUAACUUCACUUACAUGCAGCAGACAAGUGUGCAAGGUACAGGUCUGUUUGGUACAGCUUAGCUUUUUCACACAUGUGAUUUAGAUAUAGAAUAUACUGUGCUAUUGUAUUCAGUUCAUAGUAUGUACAUAGAUAAAUGAAUUAAUAAUUUCACUUAAGUUAAGGGAGUCCAUGUACAUAUGGUUGUAAAUGAGGCCUCACAUAUUUUUAUAUUUUGUAUGGAUAGAAUCAUUUAUGUAAUAAAUAUCUAUAAUGUAGAUAUAGAAUAUGUCAAAACCAACGUAUGCAUGUUUUAUUUGGCUGACUUGGUCCUACAUUUGGAAUAAAGGAGUAUUUCAGUGAGUGAUUUGAUUGACAGCUUGUGUUUCUCUCCAGAGAAUUACAACACGCGUGUCUGGUGUUCACAAGAGUGCGUAACAGUCACCUUCUCCAUCUGUUUAAUGCAUAAAUGAAUGACAAUGUGGUGAAGAGGUGGAUAAGGAUCAUCCCCCUCCACUGGGUUGUUCUACUUGCAUGGUAAUGGGUGCCGUCACAUUCGAACAAACAGCGCUCCAUUGUCCCAGAAACAGAUGCCACAAAAGUUCUGGUUUAUUGCAUCAGCAUAUGCAAGUUGGAAACUGCUGACAAAGGUCCAGGGAUUUAUUUAUUGAAAUCUGGUCAUGACUUGUGUGCGAGGCAUGCUAAUGCAAUAGCCAUGGCAGUACCACAUUAGUUCAUGUUGAAAGAUAUCAACUAUUGGAUGGAUUGUCAUGUCUAUCUGGAUCCUAUUCCUUCUAUUGUAGCGCCAUUACGUCAUUGGGUAAUCCAAACUAUAUUCAAGCCACCGCAUCCGCUUUACUUUAAAAGUGAGAAAAAAAGAUUUUGAUGUAGAAUAUGGUUAUACCUAAUUAAUUAUGUUAGUACUGUCAUUGUGAGCACGCUCGGUAGUCAAUCUUAUAAUUAGUUAGCCCCUGACGUGGUUGUAAACUCAUGACAUGUCAUCCUCUCCCGUUGAACUAUUGGCAAAUACAGUAUAACAGGUGGAAUCUUGUAAGAGUUAAGCAAUGUCCUGCUGUAAUUAGGAUUGCCACUGAUGUCCAUGUUGUCCCAGGAUUACUGUUGCUGUUGCCCCCAUAAUCCAAACAAACAAACACACACACACACACACACGUUUAGAACAAUCUGUGUGAACGCCAGCCGCUUGAUUAAAGGGGUUCAAGCACUAAUGCUGUUGACAUGAUUGGCACAUUAGUCUGUUUACUUCACCUAACCUCAACCUCCAAGGCGUUUGACCCAGUUUUCAUGUUUACUCGGAUAACUCCCAGACGGGGAGGUAAAGAGUCCUCAUUUAGUCAGCCUUGAUACGACAACCAGCUGCACUCGCAUGUGAGAUGCAUUAUAUCGAACGGUCGAUGGCCCCGUGCAUAUAUGUGGACUUUGCUUUUAGCAAGUUUUCAAACUACAGCUGCAGACUGUUACUCACAUGAGCUACCAAGUAUCACUGCAAUCACUUUCUGCAGACAUGCAAUAAAACACACGCAAAGUUUGGACUUCAUUAAUGUGGAUAUUAUUGCCCUUGAGCUCACAUCAUCGUUAACUUACCCCAUACUAUGGUUUCCUCAUUGGUCCCUUUCCAGGUCUUUACCCAAGCAUGUGGUGUUUCCAUGUGUUUAAUUAAAAGCAAAUGAAGGCCCAACGGUAAGGGGUGCCGCAGAUUGCAGCCAUAUGCUUCCCGGGCUGUGUCAUAUUCAAGGUAGCGGGUGGUGGUGGCGAGAUAAUCCUGUUGCAUUGACGCUUCUAGUUGUGACACGCGUACUGUCAACCAAGCUGUAAAAAGGGAAUUACAUCCAUGAGCUCUGAAAGGUCCAAAGAGGUGAGCGUGAGGCGGUUUUUAUCAAUGAUAAAAAAAC